AUGGCCCCUCCCGGCCCCCGACGCCCCUCCUCCUCCUACUCCCACCACCACCACGCCCAAAACGGCUCCUCCUCGCCCGACGACCUCCCGCCGCCCUACAACCCGGACCUCGUCGCCUCCUCCCUCCUCGAGCCCCGCAUCGCCGUCGUCCUCAACGUCCCGAAGCCCUGGCGCCCCUGGCUCUUCGCCUGCCGCCUCCUCUCCAUCUUCCCCGCCAUCUUCUGGGCCCUCCAGCCCGCCCUCACCCUCCUCGUCCAGAUCAUCCCCGUCGCCGUCCCCGGCGGUAAGAAGGCCGCCACCACCGCCGGUAACCUCGCCUCCGCCGGUUUCGGAAAUGCCGCCGCCGCCGCCGUCACGGGGCUGAGCGGCGCCGUGGGAGGAGUGGUACCCGGAGGAGGAGCGGCGGGCGCCGCGUGCCCGCCGAGCAAUUGGCCCCCGGGCCACCCCGAAAUACCGUUCCCGUGGACCGAGAUGUCGCUGGGACUGAUGUGGUGUGGAGCGUCGGCCUAUUUAUCCUUCUUCUUCAUCGACUGCUUAAUGUCCCGGUGGUUGAUAAACUACACGCCCUCGGCGACGAUCAUCCGGAUCCUGACGAUGAACAUCACGAACGCCUUUCUCACGGAGCGCAUCCUUACCUUCUCGGGCGGCUUCGAGGAUCCCAGGUUACUACUCCCGGGAUGGGUCACAAUCGCGACGACCCUCACGAUAGCCUACCACAUAACCCAGCGAAGCAUAAACAUCGAGAAAGAAACAUCCACCUCGAUCAACAUCUUCUCCAUAGCCAGCUUCAUCAGCAUGGUGUCCCUCCUCGCGCACCUACAUUACAACGGCUCCGACUACCCCGAGAAGCCGUUCGAGUCGCUCGCGAGGCUGUUGCUGGAGCUCGUACAGCGCGUGGCAGGAGACGCCGUACUGCCUGCGUCCUUCAACUCUUCGGCGUCGCGUGCGGAACUGUAG